AUGAGUGACUCCAAGUUAGAAUUUAAUAUUAAGCAUGCCGGUAAGAGCUAUCCAAUUUCGUUGGGUAAUAAUGCUACUGCUGGAGAACUAAAGUCUUGUGUUGAAGACUUGACGAAGGUUCCAUUAUCACGUCAGAAAUACAUGGUAAAAGGUGGUUUAGUAGAUGAUAGCGCAAAACUUGUCGAUGUGAUUAAACCGGGAUCCACUUUGAUGUUAUUGGGUACUGCAGAUGCAGGAUUGGUAUCUAAACCAGCUGAAAAAAAUCAAUUUAUUGAAGAUUUGGCACCAGAAGAACAAUUGCAAAGGAGUAGUGAUUUACCCAUUGGUUUCCAAAAUAUGGGUAAUACCUGUUAUUUGAAUUCAACUUUACAAGCUUUGUACAGGAUAAAACCUUUGAGAGAAUUGAUUUUAAGUUAUAAUGGUUCUGAAACUGCUACCUCAUCAGCAGCGGACUCUACAGUUGAAUCGCAUAAGAAAAUUGUAUUAGAGUUGCAGCGUUGUUUCCAAAAUUUGAAGAAUAAAAGUUUUAAAUCAGUAAUGCCUAUGGUUCUUUUAACUGCGUUGAGAAAAUGUUAUCCACAAUUUGCUGAACGUGAUUCUCAAAUGGGCUUUUAUAAGCAACAAGAUGCAGAGGAGCUUUUCACGCAGUUGUUUCAUUCCUUAAGUGUUGUAUUUGGUGAUAAAUUUGAAGAUGAAUUUAGUAUAAAUUUCAAAACGACAACUACGGAUAGUGCCAAUGAAAAUGAUGUCAGUGUGAAGGAAGAAUCUGACACUAAAUUACAGUGUCACAUUUCAAGUAAUACCAACUUUUUGAAAAAUGGUCUCGUAGAAUCAUUGCAUGAAACUAUAGAGAAAAGAUCUGAAUUUACUGGGGCUAAUUCCAAAUAUGUGGUUGAUAAGCAGAUUACUAGACUGCCCAAAUAUUUGACGGUUCAGUAUGUGAGAUUCUUCUGGAAAAGAUCAACCGGUAAAAAAUCCAAAAUUUUACGUAAAGUUUCAUUCCCAUUCCAAUUGGAUGUUUCCGAUAUGUUAACACCAGAAUACAUGAAAGAGAAGAUUAAAGUUCGUGAUGAAUUUAGACGCAUAGAGAAGGAAAAAGCGGAAAAAGAUCGUGAUUCUAAGAGACGUAAAAUCGACAGUAGUAAUGGUUCAAAUCUAAGUUCAAUGACCCCACGUGAGAGGUAUGAAACCGAACAGGCUUUGGCUCAAAGUGAAAGAGAGCAUUGGGAAGCCGAAUUUAAGAAACAUACGCCAAGCGAGGUAACUGAAGGUGAGAAUCCUUCUUCGCUAUAUGAGUUAGUAGGUGUCAUAACUCAUCAAGGUGCAAAUUCAGAAUCUGGUCACUACCAAUCAUUUAUUAGAGAUGAUUACGAUGAGGAUAAAUGGUAUAAAUUCAAUGACGAUAAAGUUAGCGUCGUAGACAAAGAAAAAAUUGAAUCUCUAAGUGGUGGUGGUGAAAGUGACAGUGCACUAAUAUUGAUUUACAAGGGCUUUGGCCUAUGA